GAGGCUGCGGCUGCGGCUGCGGCGGUGAUAGACGGAGGACGCGCGCGGAGUAUAAGCGUGUGUCAGCGUACAUCAUAAUACAGUGUGUUCGUGCCUCUAACAAAGACGGAAUAAAUCGAGAAAGACAUUUCUUUAUUUAACGAAAGGGAGAGCAACGAGUACGCGAAAGAAAGAUAGGAAAAGUGCGUGAAACGGGUCCAUGGUGUGAAACGAGGAUAGUAAGAUGGCGGGAUCACUAACGUGGUCAUGCACUUGUUGUCUACGAUUCAAGUUCAGCCCAGAAGAGAUCGAGCAACGAUACAAAAGUCAAGAGAUCGACCGGAUGCUAGAGAAAGAUCGGCAAACUUUCCGUAGGCAGGUUAAACUCCUGCUUCUCGGAGCUGGAGAAAGUGGAAAAUCAACAUUCCUUAAACAGAUGCGAAUUAUACACGGAAUUAAAUUUGAGCCUGAAUUAAUUAAAGAAUACCAGCAUAUAAUCUAUCAAAAUAUAAUUAAAGGAAUGAAAGUAUUGGUAGAUGCAAGAGAUAAGCUGAAUAUACCUUGGGAAAAUCCUAAAAAUUAUGAUAUUGGAUAUCAGUUAUUAAAAUUUGAAAAUACCAUGGUUUUGGAUACUAGAUUGUUUCUCCAUUAUGUACCAGCUUUACAAAGUUUAUGGAAAGAUGCAUCUAUAAAAAAAGCAUUUGAUAGAAGAAGAGAAUUCCAAUUAAGCGAUUCAGUCCAAUAUUUUCUGGAUAAUCUUGAUAGGAUUGCUAAAGUGGAUUACGCUCCUACACAUCAGGAUAUUUUACAUUGUAGAAAGGCAACAAAAGGAAUUUCAGAAUUUGUCAUACCAAUAAACAAUAUUCCAUUUCUAUUUGUUGAUGUUGGUGGACAGAGAUCUCAAAGACAAAAAUGGUAUCAAUGUUUUGACUGUGUGACCUCUAUAUUAUUUCUUGUAUCUUCUUCGGAGUUUGAUCAGGUCUUAUUAGAAGAUAGAAGGACCAAUAGAUUAGAAGAAUCAAGAAAUAUCUUUGAUACAAUAGUGAAUAAUAUGAUAUUUGGUGGUGUGUCAAUAAUUUUGUUUCUAAAUAAAACUGAUCUCUUGGAUAGAAAAGUAAGAUCGCAUGAUACCAAUGUUCGCUGGUAUUUUCCACAAUUUACGGGCGAUUCACAUUCCAUGAAGGAUGUACAGAAUUUUAUAUUGGAAAUGUUUAUAUCUGUCAAAAAGGACCCAAGAAAGCCUUUAUUUCAUCAUUUUACUACUGCAGUUGAUACAGAAAAUAUUAAAGUUGUAUUUAAUGCCGUAAAAGAUACUAUUUUGCAUCGCAAUUUGGAGUCUUUAAUGCUCCAAUAAUGUAAAGUAAGAAAGGAAGGAGCAGUUAUUAAUGGUUAAAAGGUAUGUGUACAGAACUAGCAUUAAUUGUAUAAAAUGGCCAAUUUAUAGCAUUAAAGUUGCUCACAUUGGCAGUUAGAAGAGUUUACAUUCUUGCAGGACAAUAUUCGUUGAUAUAAGCUACAUUAUUUAUUUCUAUAUCAGUUACGUAAACUUGAGCACAUGUACAACUGAUCUAUAAAAAAAAAAAAAAAAAAAAAAAGUAAUGUCUUGUCUAAAAGUAUGUCAAGCAGAUAUUCAACUUCUUAUACAUUGUAUCUAUUGAUAAUUAUUUUUAUAGUAUCUUUAGAAGCCUAAAAAAUUUUGUAUAUAAGGGCUUAUGGACAUUAUAUAAUUCAUCAAGUUUAAUUUAGACAUUUUUUUAAUGAGAAUUAGUUUCAUUUCAUUCGGUACAUAUAUUAAUAUACUCUAUAGAAAUUUAGCUUGUUGCUAUCUCGUGCUGCUAAGUGUGCUGAAAAUACUAUCUAAACGAACAAAUUUGUUUUAGGCAUAAAAAUAAUUUAUUUAUACUUAAGACUAAUUAUCUUUGUUAAUGAUCACUACCUUAAGUGGAGAGUAAACCAAAUAUUAGCUCCAUGCCAUAUAAACCAAAUGAGACUAACCACUUGUGUUCAAACGUUAAUAUAUUAACUGAUUUGCUUCCAACUAUGACAAAACAUAUACUGGUUAUUUGAUUUCUGAUCUGAAAUUAUCAAAAUCAUGUAAUUAAAAUGCUUUGAUUUUUAUAGAAAAAAUUAGAUUUCACUUUUAAUAGUUACAAAAUUUUCAUAUGGGAUGUAAUAUAUGACCAAAUUUGGAGAUAAAAUACAUAUAUACUAUAUUUAGAGUUGAAAUUUAAACUUGAUAAGAAUCAUGCAAAUCGUAAAGGUAAAAUCUUAUUUUAAUUAUGAUUAUAAUAUAUAAUCAUAUGCAAUGUUAAUGACAAAAUUAAGAUUUGCUUAUUGAUCUUUAAUAUGUCAAAUUUAAAAUGUUGCUAUUUUUCAUAUAUAAAUAUUAUAAUUUUUAUAUUUAUAGCUUUAUAUUAUCGUCUAUUCUAGAUGCUUAUCUAUUCUUCAGUUACCAUCUCUUUUAUAAAUUAAUGAGUGAAAUCAAAAUAAGCAAAUCUAGACUGAUAAUCAAUCAUAAUUUCAUAUUUUACAUCCUAUUGUACUCAUUGAAAAGUUUUUUGAAAAUGAUCAGUAUUGAUAAUUCUUUUUUUGAAAAACUGUGAUUGUGACGGUUGUCUUUGGUUUCUAAACACUCUCGAGUACAAGCUUAUACGAAUAAUAUUAUCUGAACUGUAUUUGAUAUAAUUUAACUGUAUUAUAUUUAUCUGUUAAUAUACACUUUAUAUAUUAUAAUAAAUACUUCGAUCAUAAA